AUGGCCUUCAUUCUCAGAAGAACCCUGUUUGGGAGAAGUGUGCAGCAUGUUCUGAGCACAGCGGUAUUUGGGACCUCGAAGCGCUUUAUCCCAGAGUCGAGUGCCCUCAGAAUGCUCCAUGUUGGAGACCGAGCCUCGCUGACGAAGGUUUUCAGCGCCAGAGACGUUGCACUUUUUGCUGAGUUAACAGGAGACACAAACCCGCUCCACACAGACCCUGAGUUUGCCAAAAAGACCUCUUUUGAAGCUCCUAUUGUUCACGGUGUGUUGAUUAACGGCCUCAUCUCAGCAGUUUUGGGAACCAAAAUGCCAGGCAAAGGCUGUGUGUUUCUCUACCAGGAAAUUCGCUUCCCGGCACCUUUGUUUGUCGGGGAGGAGGUGGUCGCUGAAGCAGAGGUGAAGAAGAUCAAAAUGUCAUUUGUUUUCAUUUCUGUUUCCUGUUCUGUCAGAGAUAAAGUGGUGAUGGAGGGGGAGGUGAUGGUCAUGAUACCGGAAGAUAUGCAGAAGGCUUAGUUAUUAUGAACCUUUUUUUUUUUGGUAUAAUGUUAUUCUUGUACUUUAAAUGGUUAUGUUCUUCAUAGCAUCAUAUUCUUUUGGUCAGUUGCUUGCUUAAGCUUUCAAAAUAAAAAUAAUGAAGUUUA